CUGUGGCUGUGGUGCGGUGUGAUUGGCCAUUCCCCCAUUCCUGUGUAGUAUCACUUUACAAUUUUCUACAUUGCGCACCGUUUCUUAUCCUUCACCCACCACUCUCUUUUCUCUUCUUCGUCUUCUUACUCCUCAGUCUCUUCAUCACCAUAACUACGCAACACACAAAUCUUCACCAUUGGAUCUUAAACACUACCGAAAUGGUUUUUGUUACUUGAUUGUGAUCGUGAAGAAAGCUUGUUACGGAUCUACAGUGAAAAAGAAGAAGAAGAAGAAGAUCAUUUCAAUCCAAUGGCUGGUAGUAAUCAACUCAACCCCAACGAUUCCAAGAUGGUGGUUCCAUUGAACAUGUGGGUUUUGAUCUCAAAUUUCAAGUUAGCAUACAAUCUUCUCCGUCGUCCUGAUGGAACUUUCAACCGUGACUUGGCAGAGUUUCUUGAUCGGAAAGUUCCGGCUAAUGCGAACCCUGUGGAUGGAGUGUUCUCUUUUGAUGUUAUUGUUGAUAGGGAAACAAAUCUCCUCACUCGAAUCUACCGUCCUGUUGAGGGAGAAGAACAUCAUGUGAACAUUGUUGAUCUUGAGAAGCCUGUCACUUCCGAGGUUCUUCCUGUCCUCAUGUUCUUCCAUGGUGGAAGUUUUGCACAUUCUUCAGCUAACAGUGCUAUAUAUGAUACCUUGUGCCGUCGAUUGGUUGGUAUUUGUAAGGCUGUUGUUGUUUCUGUGAAUUAUAGGCGUGCACCAGAGAAUAGGUACCCCUGUGCUUAUGAAGAUGGGUGGAAAGCUCUUAAAUGGGUUAGUUCUAGAACAUGGCUGCAGAGUAAAAUGGAUAACAAGGUUCACAUCUACAUGGUUGGCGAUAGUUCGGGUGGGAACAUUGUGCACCAUGUUGCCUUGAAAGCUUUGGACUCUGGAAUCCAGGUGUUGGGGAAUAUAAUGCUAAACCCGUUAUUUGGUGGGCAAGAAAGAACAGAAUCUGAAAAGCGUCUUGAUGGGAGGUAUUUCGUUAGAGUUAAAGAUAGAGACUGGUAUUGGAGGGCUUUUCUUCCUGAAGGGGAAGACAGAGACCAUCCUGCGUGUAACCCUUUUGGUCCCAAAGGUCGAAGCCUUGAAGGGGUUGCCUUUCCUAAAAGCCUUGUUGUGGUUGCUGGUUUGGACCUUGUUCAAGACUGGCAAUUGGGUUAUGCCAAAGGGCUUGAGAAAGCUGGACAAAAUGUGAAGUUGCUAUUUCUGGAGCAAGCCACGGUCGGGUUUUACUUGCUGCCAAAUAAUGAACACUUCUCUGCUGUCAUGGAUGAGAUAAAACAUUUUGUCAACUCUGACUGUUCAUAGGCUUAUUAACUUUUGCUACACAUGAAAGGGGUUUUAGAAGAUUGUGUAGGUAAUAGCUAUGCCACUUAUUAACAUCUUUACAUUUUGGCCUAUUUUACUGUAGGACUUUGUUCCCAUGAUUAGGUACUUAUAUGGUAUUAAUUUGUGUCAUGAGAAUGGUGUAAUGUAAUGUAAUCAUCAGCAUAUAGCUGUAUUAUGUUUUCCAGAACACACCAUCAGGAAAUUGGGGUGUUGUGGAUAGGUGAAAGCUUUUUAUUAGGACAAAAAGGGAGCUAUGGCCAUGUUUAUGGGAACCACUAAAGUUGUGAUUACCCACUCUGACUUUCAGCCAAAAAAGAGAGGAAGACAUAGUUCUAUUUCUGUGUGUCUCUGACCUUUGAAUGGCCAAUCAGUGGGGCUUGUCUUUGUAUGGCAAGUGUUAUAUAUAUAACUAAUUUUGGAACUCUGAUAGGGAAAGUAUCAAUGAUAUGUUGGUGCUGUUUGAUUAUAUAUCUUAGUAUUUGUGCUUUUAGUCCUGUUCAUCUUUUCUCUAUAUAGCUAAUUUUACGUUCAUGUAUCUUUAGCUGUCCUCCUUGUUUGGCAAUGGACAGUCUUUGCAAAAUGUAAAUGGAUUUUUUUCUUUUUACUUUUGGCUCUGUAAUGUUUGGGUUUGUAUUUUGUAUUUUUAUGUAUGCAUACAAUAUUUUUCAGGGUU